AAGAAAGAAGAAGAAGAAGAAGGAGAAAGAAGCUAUGAAGCGUAAAGAGAGAGAGAGAGAGAGGGAGAAAAAGAGAAAGAAAAAGAAGAAGUCGGUGAAUGAGGAAAACGUUGUAUAUAGAGACAGAGAAAGAGCUAUUGAAUAAAAGAGAGAAAUAAACUAAUAAGAAGAAGAAGUAUAAUGAGUAAGAGAGAGAGAGAAACAAUAGUAGGCUUACAAGAGAAAGAGAGAGAGAGAAGCGAAAGGAGUGUCCAUAAGUGUAGUAGAGUGUGAGCGUAAGUGUAGUACGAAAACGAGAGAAUGAGAGAGACAGAGACAGAGAGAAAGAAAGAGAGAGAGAGAAAGAAAGAGAGAAAGAGAGAUAGAAAGAGAAAGAGAAAGAACGUAAAGGAAGAGAGGAGUGGUGGGGGAAGCAUUCGAAGCGGCUCGCUCGCGGAGGUAAGCUCAGUAUGCCGCGCAACGCGCAGGCUCGCGUACGCUUAUCGUCCUUUUUGUUUGAUUCGUUCGUUGUAUGUGGAAAUCCUCGUGUUAUAUACGCAGGUACAAACACGAAGAUCUGUAGAAAGAGAGAAAGAGAAAGAGAGAGAGAAAGAAAGAGAGAGAUAGAUAGAGCAAGAAGUUCGUACCGCGUUCGGAAAUCGUUCGGGUUUUUCCGUGUGUAAACGACACCACAUCGUCGUCGUCGUCGACGUUGUCGUUGUCGUUGCAUCGUGUCGUCGUUGUCAUCGUCGUCGUCGUCGUCGUCGUUGUCGUCAUCGUCGUCGUCGCGUCGUCGUCGUUGUCGAUUUACUAUUCGCGAAAGUGAUCGGCUACGUUAGUGAUCAAAUUGGAGAAUAUGUUGCUUGUAUUUGAACGAAACUCGAAUAUCAAGAACGCGCGCGGGUUUUGUGAUCGUUGGGUUAUAUACGCGCGCGCGCGCGCGUGUGUCCGUGCGUGUGUGGGAAUGUGUGUGUGAGAGUGAGAAGUAGUAAGAGAAAAGAGAAAAAGAAAUAAAGAAGAAAGAAGGGAGAAAGAAGAAGAAGAAGAAGAAGAAGAAUAAGAAGAAAAAGGGAAAAAGAAAAAGGAGAACAGGGAGUGUUUGUACAGAGAAAAAGAGAGGGAAGAAACGGAUGGUAGCGGGAAAUUUGAAUUUAUCAAGAGUAGCCAAUUUACGUAAAUGGAGUAAUAAAUGGAUCAUCGUAAAUGUUAACGAUAGAAGAGGAGCAUCGUGUUAAUCAAACGAUGACGAUGCCGUCGUCAUCGACGAAGAGAAUAACGAAGAGCAACGUUUCUGGUAUGAAAGGAAACAAGAACGUUGGGAGACCGUGCGAACAACGCGUUCCGUUGCGAUCGAUUAGGAACACCAGCAAGUUUAAUAGCGUUUUACCUCGGUGAAGCUCGCGGUAGUACGUCUCCUUUAUGUGUAUGCAUGCAUGCAUGCGCGCGUGUGUAUGUAUUUUUUUCUCCUAUUUUGAGAAGGGGAAACAUUGAGAAAAAAAAGAACGAAAUAUAAAAGCAGUAAUAAUAAUAAUAAUAAUAAUAAUAAUAAUAAUAAUCAUCAUCAUCAUCAUAGUCAUCGUCGUCAUCAUCGAUAACGAAUAAAAAGAGAAAGAUGUCAGCGAUCGACAGAGGGAGUAACGAUCGAAAUCGAUCUUGUCCAAUCGAGAGGCGACUUGGACGAUGAGGAAAAAUCGACCAACUUUUCUCAACGUUAUUCUUACUACCAUAACCAAUACCAAGAACAACAGCAACACCAACGACAUUACUACUACUUUUACUACUACUGGUACUACUACUACUACUACUGCUCCUACUGCUGCUACUCCUGCUGCUGUUACUACUACUAUUACUAUUACUACUACUAGUAGUACUGCUAAGAAGAGAAUAAGGACGAAGAGGAAGGAGAUAAUAAGAAGGAGAAGGACGAGGUGGGAGCUCGAGAGAAGUUCGCGAGCGCCAUCUUGACGAAUCAGAGAAGAGAGGCGGCGAGGCGCGAUGGCGGUACUCGAUCGUUGAUCGAGACGAGCCGCGGGCGAUUCGAUCAUCCUUUUCGUCGUCGAUCGAACGUCCUCCGUCCUCCGUCGUCGUUCUCCCUCUCUCUCUUUCUCUUUCUCUUUCUCUCGGUCUUUCUCUCUCUAACCUUCCCUCUAUUUCUCUAUCUAUUUAUUUCUUAAAAAGAAAAACAAGAAAACAGGAAGGAAAGAAAAGAAAAUUCAUCGUCCCGGAAGAGGAGAGAGUUAAAAAAGAGGGUUAUCUACGGGAGAAUUCAACGGACAACAAAAGCGACGACGAGGACGACGAGGACGACGGGGACGACGCAUCAACGACGUACCAACACAUUUACAACCGGAUACGACAUCUCGAUCUCGUUCUUAUUCUCUUCUCCCACAUAUAUUUUUUUGUCGUUUUAUUUAUUUAUUUAUUUAUUUUUUUGGGGGGAAUUUUUAUUUUAUUCUUUGAAGAGAAGAAUAGAGAGAGAGAGAGAGAGAGGGAGGGAGGGAGAGAGAGAGAGAAAGGGAAAAAGAAAGAGAGGAAAAAAAGAGAGAGAGAGAGAAGAGGAACAUCGAAGAAAGGAAGAAAGAAGGAGAGAGAGAGAAAGGGCAUUUUUAUUUUUAGCAAGUUCGCCGCGGUUCUCUCUCUCUCUCUCUCACUCUCUCUCUCUCUCAAGCAUCGGUCGCAAAAACCGGUUCCUCUCUCGGGGCACCACUGCUCUCUGAGGAAAGCACGAGGAAUCAAGAGAGAAAGAGAGAGAAAGAUACGAGUCCAGUAUACUUCAAGAAUCUAAAGAGAAAGAGAAAGAGAAAAAGAGAAAGAGAAAGAGAAAGAGAAAGAGAUAGAAAGAACGUGGAAUUUGCUCGUGUCCCAAUACACAUAGUCGUCGACGUCGUUUUCACGUUCCUCUAUGUAGAUAUAUACAUAUAUAUAUAUAUAUAUAUAUAGAAAGAGAAGACACAUUCGCAACGAACCACGCAUACACUUGUGUGACUAUUCCUCUCUCUCUCUUUUCGACUUGUCUAUCCACUAAUCUAUUGUUACUCUCUCUCUCUCUCUCUCUCUCUGACAAGCACACAUACAUAUCAGCAAAGAUAGCAGACAGACAGCAGACACACGCGCAUACACACCUCUCUAACCUCCUACGUUAUAUCGAUCGCAUAUGCACACGACGGAUUACAGUCUACUAGACUUUUAGACGAACGAAUCUUUUAUUUUGUUAUUGUUAAAAAUAAAAGAGAAUACAAAAAGGAGAGAGAGAGAGAUCGGACAAAGGGGGAGGAAAAAUCGUUAUGUGAAGAAUGGCAACCGAUUCCAGCAACAACGGGAAUAACAAUCGUCAUCAUCAACAUCAUCAUCAUGGAGUCAGAGCUGUCGCAACGACGACUACAGAUCCAAGACGUAACGAAAAGCGCGCCGUGGCGGCUCGAGGUGCCGCUGGUGCACUUGCUCUCAGCGUAUUGGCUGUCGUGCUCCAAUCAGCUGCCACGGCUACCCCCGCUUGGGGAUACUUCACCAAUCCCGAUGCUGGUACAGCUGCGGAAAAGGGUUACUUCGGGCCAUGGAGACAAUGCAAGUUUCUUUUAUAUGGUCGAGAAAGAUGUGGCCAAGGUGUCUCAAGGUUUCAACCAGUGUUGGCUGUGUGGGUGGCUGGAUUGGCUGCUGCAGCUGCUUCUACAUUACUCGCCAUAUUGGUUGGCCUUGCUGUACUUCAGCUUGCCAUGGCUUCAUCAGCGAAGAAGGUUGUUAUUUCGUAUAGCACUGCUCUUAUCGGCAAGGUCGCCCUAGCAACCUUGGCAACGUCAUUGGCCAUCGUAGCUGCAAGUUUAUUUGCUUUGCAAACGGAUGACAGAGCAAACAGUUUUGUUGUUUCGAGAGGAGAGGCUUUUUAUAUGCAGUUAGCUGCCAUCGCCUUGAAUUUUGGCGUGCUCGUUUCUGCCGUUUACGAGGGAAUUUACGCACGAAGGGGUGGCGACCCUACAAAGAUAAGAACCAUCCCUGAUCCUCGUGCAGCCACCAUAAAUAAUCCAGGAUAUCGAGAACACCAUCGACCGACGAAUGGUGGAAGUAUUUCAAUGACGGAUGCAAGUGGUAAACCAUACGUGGGUGGUGCCGGAAAUGGUUCAAUGGCGUCCGUAGCAACGUCAGGAAGUGCAGCUAGUACUGCAUCUCCUUUAAGAAGCUCGUUAAAGAAGCCAAAACCCCUCGGAAUCCACAAUCCAGGAUUCUCAGCUCAUAGUCCAACAUUAUCGAGGAAUGGAUCGCAAAAGAAAGUCCGUAUUCAAACGCAUUCUACGGAAGUUUAAGAAUGGUAGAAAAUCAAGGCCAAUAUCUAUUUUUUUCUCAACGAGAAAAAAAAGAAAAUUCGCCCAUGAAGAAGUGAACGAAAUACAGAAGGAGAAAGAGAAGAAGAAAGAAAAAAAGUUUUGCAAAGAACUAUGGAAAAAUCAUGAAAAUGAUUUUUCUUUUUUUCUUUUUCUCCCGAGAUGACCGAAUGUGUAAAAUAUAUUCAACGAGAUCGUUUUUGCAUUUUUUAUUGUUUAUGUAAAUCUAGAUCGAUAUCAUUAACUUUUAUGAGAUCGAUCUCAAAGAUUACCGAUCAAACGUCGGUAAGGUAGUUCUCUUCUGCUUUGGUUGUGAAACUAAACGCGUGGUGAUAUAAAACGAAUAUAUAUAUACAUACAUAUAAUAUAUAUAUAUAUAUACAAUUCCAUAUUAUUCCGAAUUAAACUAGAUUCAUAAGAAAUAUAAUAAUUAAUGUAAUUUAAUUAUAAAAACGUAAUUUGUUUAUUUGUUAAUCGCACGCGAGUCGAGAAUAUAUUAUUGUAUUUAGUAUGACGAUUUGUUAAUUAGUUUGAUUAAAUGAUUAGGUGAAACCGGUCAUCGAUUAUAUAAUCGUUAUUAUUUUUAAUUUACAAAAAAAAAAAGAAAAAAGGAAAGAGAUCGGACGAAUUAAUUUAGAAUUAACUUCUACAACAAAUCUUGCGAGAACGAAGUCUUUCUCAAUUUAAUUAAUUUUUAUUUGAAUUAUAUUAAUUUAAUUAGCACGUCCUUGAAAAUUAAUUAGAAAAUACUUAUUAUUGCAUCACAUCCGUCCAGCCCUAAGCAGGCAGCUAGAUACACAGAGCGAGAUAUAUAGUAUAUUAUAUAUAUAUAUACAUACACAUACACACACAAACGCGAAUAUAAAUGUAUGUAUAUUUAUAUUUUUUAGCAAUUGUUUUGAUAUGGGAUGAUCGAAAAAUUUUUAGAUCGGCCAAAAGUUCUGAAACCAUUUUAAAAAUCGAUUACUUCUUUUAGAGGUUUCUCAUUAAUUAGACUUUCAGCUUAACGAGGAAGAACAUGAAGUUUUAAAAUUCGCAAAAAAGAUUAACCUAAAUGAUCUCGAAAAGAUGUAAUUUAUUUUUAAAACUACUUAGUAUUUUUUAGUCUAUCUAGAAAUUUUUGGUUCACCCUGUAUAUAUAUAUAUAUACACACACAUACACACACAUACAUAUAUACAUACAUACACACAUAUGUAGAUAGAUACGUACGUAGGUACACGGUUGGAUUUUUUCUUUUUUUUAAAUGUCCUCCGAAUUUUAUUAUUAUUACUAUUAUUAUUAUUAUUAACGAGAGAUAUAUAUAUAUAUAUACAGUAGACGAUGAUGAUUUUAAGUUACCCUCCCCUUUCGUCUCUUCAAAAAUAUAAAAAAAAAAUAAGUAUUAUAACAUUUUAUUCUUUAUUAUUAUUUUUUUUUUCGUCGUCAUUAUUAUAUAUUAUUAUUAUUAUUAUAUAAUUAUUGUUAUUAUUAAUGCUAUUGUAUAUUCCUUGUGCACGUACCUUCAAUUUUUCUUUUCGAUUUUUUUUUUUUUAUCUAGUUUGUAUUAAUUUUAGAUGCUUUUACCGGGAUAAUGAAUAAACAAAUAAAUAAAUAAAUAAAAGAGAGAAAGAGAGAGAGAGAGCCGGUCUCACGAAAAAAUCCUCGUCGCAAACGUUUAAUUAUUAUUAUUACUAUUAUUAUUAAUAUUAUGUAUUUUAUUAUUUUUUAAGUAUUAUUAUUAUUAUUAUUAUUAUUGUCACAUUUUUCUUCUCUUUUGUUUAACAUUUUAGAUUAUCUUAAAAAGAGGUUAAAUAAAGAGAGAUUUGAAAUAAUAAAUCAAAUUAGAAAUGAAAUCAAUGUUGAAAAGAAGAAGAAAAUCGAUUUUAUCACACAUAUAUACAUACACGCUCACGCACACACAUAUAUACAAAAUACACAUACACCUUCAUAAUUAUUAUUAAUGGAAGAUUGACCAUCCUUUUUCAAACGUUUGAUAUUAAUUCGAUGUAUACAUAUAGAUAUAUAUGAUAUUUUUACAUUUGCACGCCAAGACCUGUGACAAAUUACAAAGGGAAAGAGGAAUGAAAGAAGAGAAUUAAAUAAAUAAACGAAUUGAAAAAGUA